GAUGAGUGGGGGACCAUCUUCCAAAUAUCAUUCCAUAUUUCUAGUGGCGGUCUCUUGCUCUUUUCACCAAGGAUAAGACCCUUCUUUUGGCCUCGUCUCCCUCUCCCUAGCUCUCUUUCUCAUCUUGUGUCUUCAUGCUCGUGUUCUCAUCUGAUUCCUUCCAACUAAGAUCUUAACUUUCUGCUCUUCCAGUCUUGCCUAUCUUGCUCUUCAUUGCUAGUGCGGAGUUGCGACUUUGCGUCACAGGCAUCAUUGUUUGUUCCUUGGUUUUUUGAUCGAGGUUGAUCUUGAUCCUCAUGAAGAAGGCUGAAAUGGGCACACCCCAUUUGUUCAGAUGCCCGAUAAGCCUCGACUUGUUCACAGAUCCAGUCACUCUUUGCACUGGCCAGACCUAUGACAGACCCAGCAUUGAGAAAUGGCUAGCUGCCGGCAACCUCACCUGCCCCGUUACAAUGCAGAAGCUCCACGACUUAUCCGUCGUCCCCAACCACACUCUCCGCCAUCUGAUAGAACGGUGGCUAGAGACCCGCCACCAGUUCAAUCCCGGUCUCGAGACAGUUGAUCCUGAUCACUCCCUGGUGGCCACACUGAAGAGUACACUUGAGUCGCAGGAGGUGAGCGUGAUCAGUAAGCUCCAAGCUCUAGAGGAAAUCAGUGUUCUGUGCGAGGAAUCCACGUCGAGGUGUAGUUUGUUUCUCCAGCUGGGUUUCAUCCCUUUGUUGUUGGAACUGAUUCUUGGGAAAGUGGAAUCCGAACUCUCCCUUGACCAUGUAAAGUUCCUAGAACAAGCACUGGCUUGUUCUCUGCAAUUGCUGGCCAAUGGAGGAGUGAAGUCACUGGACAUACUCAAAGAAGACUCUAAACAAGCAUCGUUGGUGAAUUUGUUCAAACAAGGCACAAAUAGUAUCAAGCUCCGCAUUUGCCAAGUUGUGGAUACAAUCUCGUCAUCUUCAGAAACGAAAGAUCUCUGUGCUGUACUCGGCAGAAACCGCAAUUUCCUUAGUCAGAUAAUUCUCCUCCUUCCCGAAAACUCCGAGGUUUCCGAGGCGGCAGUCAGGGCAAUAUGGUCGUUGUGUUCCCUAGAGUCGAACGGGAGGAAUCUGGUGAGAGAAGGCGCGAUGGAUGCACUGGUUGCCCACAUUUCAGCUUUGUCUGCCGAAAAGGAGAGACGCGAAAGAUGCUUCUCACCACUAGCGGUGUCCGCGAUAGAGCGGCUGCUUCAAGGGAAUGGCCAGGCGAAAGAGGCAUUGCUCGAUAACCCAAACGGCGUAUCCUCUCUCGUCAGGAUGGUCUUUGGAGCAUCAAGUCAUGAAGGGAGCGAGAGCGCGGUCAAUUCCCUUACGAUCGUAUGUUGCGAUUCAUCGUCGGCACGAGAAGAGGCAAUCAGGGCAGGAGUUUUGACACAGCUGCUGUUUCUUCUACAAAGCCAGUGUACUGGUUGGACCAAGACAAAGGCCAGGAUGCUGCUCAAAAUGCUUGGAUCAUCUAUCUAGUCCUGGGAGAGAAAAUAUCAAAGCAAAAAGGAAAACAUGAAUACUACAGAAAAAGAAAAGGGGAAUCAAAGCAGGAGUUGUUGAAUACUGGGACUUGAUUAGGAUGUCUGAUCUGAUGUCUAUGUGGAUCUUGAUUGUGAUUUGCCAUCACUCACUCCCUUUACUGGUAUUGUCUAUAUUUCAUGUAACAUCAUCCCCCCAUAUAAAUUAUCAGUUUCUGUCUCAUCAA